GAGUCACAUGCUCUACUGACUGAGCCAGCCAGGCACCCUCCACUCAUGUGCUUUCCAGAACUCUAAUGUGAUUCGGGAUCAUUUGCAAAAUGAACAAAAAAGUCACCGGCAAACGGGACGACUGGGGCAGAACGCUGAUGGCAGAACCGGUGAGGGAGAAAAGGCCGGACCUCCGAGGAUAAUUGGGAGACCGCCUCCUCCCCGCCUGGUCUCCAUGGUCCCCUUCAUCUUCCAGGAUGAAGAACCCGAUGCUGGAGGCGCUGUCCCAAUUGCUGGAGAAGCUGCUCCUCAUCUCCAACUUUAAGCUCUUCAGUUCGGGCACCCCGGCCGAAGACAAGGCGAGGAAUAAUUUCUAUGAGAUCAGCUCUUUCCGCCGCGGCGACGUGCUGGAAGUGCCCCGGACCCACCUAACCCACUACGGCAUCUACCUGGGCGACAACCGUGUUGCCCACAUGAUGCCCGACAUCCUGUUGGCCCUGACCAGCGACAAGGGGCUCACGCAGAAGGUGGUCUCCAAUAAGCGUCUCAUCCUGGGCGUCAUUGGCAGAGUAGCCAGCAUCCGCGUGGACACAGUGGAGGACUUCGCCUACGGAGCCGACAUCCUGGUCAAUCACCUGGACAAGUCCCUCAAGAAGAAGGCGCUGCUCAACGAAGAGGUGGCGCAGAGGGCCGAGAAGCUGCUGGGCAUGACUCCCUACAGCCUACUCUGGAACAACUGUGAGCACUUCGUAACCUACUGCAGAUUCGGCACCCCGAUCAGCCCCCAGGCGGACAAGUUCUGUGAGAAUGUGAAGAUAAUUAUCCGUGAUCAGAGAAGUGUUCUUGCUUCGGCGGUCUUGGGAUUGGCAUCUAUAUUCUGUCUGGGCUUGGCAUCGUAUACUACCCUUCCUGCAAUUUUUAUCCCAUUCUUCUUAUGGAUGGCUGGCUAACUUCAUAUCCCCGUGUCAGUGUGUGUAUUCUGUGUGUAAAUAUGUUUAUAUUUAUAGAGCACAAGUCAGUAUAUGCAUCGUCUAGAAAAAUGUGACCUGUAACACUGUGUUCUGGAUAAAAAUGUGACUAAGAAUCAUGCAAAGUGCUUACUGUGUAAGCCCAAGAACAAAGGCUUUCUCAAUCUUCAGGCAGUUCCAUUUUAAAGCCCUGUGCAGAUCUUGGAAACAUGGCAACUUGUGAUCGAAGUCAUCCUUCCAAGGGAACCAGCCAGUAAGAUGAUGGCCACAGGAGAUUAUUUUUUCUCCUGUAAUCAUGGUUCUCCAUUAGGCCUGAAUUUGAAGAUUAGAAGACUUACUGAAUGAGCCCACUAACUUCAUUGUAAAUUUAUUCUGUUUCAUCGAAAACCUUACAUUAAACUAAAAGAAUUUCCCUUGUUCAGAUGAAAACAUAUUUGGUGAUGGUAAAAAAAAAAAA